CGGCCCGGCGCGGCGCGGCACGGCCCGGCCUGCCGGCUCGCCUUCUCCUCGGCUCGCCUGGAGGGGCUGGAGGGGUGCUGGAGGGGACUGGAGCGCCGCGAGGGGCCACAAGGAGCCAGCUUGUCACGGCCAAGGAACACAGCGAGGAAGCCAUGUCUGAGCAGCAGCGUGGCGGGCCGUGGGGUGGGCGAGAAGAUGCCGUUUGGUGGCCGGUCGACUACCAGCAGACUCUGCAGUCUUACCAGCAGCAGCUGCAGCAACAACAGCAGCAGCAACAGUCGGCGCAGCAGAUGUUCUCGUACAAGAUGGCGGGUGGUGGCGGCUUGCAGUCGGCCGCCUCCAGCGCCGCCUCCCCCGCCGCCUGCAUGCGGGGCGCCGCCCCCUACGAUUACCAGGCGGGCGGCGCGCACUGGUGGUACCCGGGCGCGCCCAUACAGAACCUGCAGGCCAACGCCAUGGUGGUACAGAACAGAGGUAGAAUGCCACGACCAAAGGCCGAUGCUAAGCCCAGGGGGCGAAUGACGGCAUACGCUUUCUUCGUACAAACUUGCCGCGAAGAGCAUAAGAAGAAGCAUCCCGAUGAGAAUGUGAUAUUCGCAGAGUUCUCUAAGAAGUGUGCCGAGAGAUGGAAGACCAUGCUGGACAAGGAGAAGAAGCGCUUCCACGAGAUGGCAGAGAAGGACAAGAAGCGCUACGACACAGAGAUGGAAGGCUAUGUGCCUCCCAAAGGAGAGAAGACCCGAGGCAAGAAGAGGAAACAUCUUAAGGACCCAAAUGCUCCCAAGAGAUCUUUGUCUGCGUUCUUCUGGUUCUGUAACGACGAGCGCAGCAAAGUGAAGGCUCUGAACCCGGAGUACGGAGUCGGGGACAUCUCGAAGGAGCUGGGUCGGAGGUGGUCGGAUGUGGCGCCGGAGGUCAAGGCCAAGUAUGAAGCAAUGGCUGAGAAAGACAAGGCCAGAUAUGAGCGAGAAAUGUCGGCGUACAAAAAAAGGUCAAAAGGUGGGAUGGCCAAUGUCUCCCCCACUCGUGUGCUGACUGUGAAGAAAGACAGUGAUGAAGAAGAAGUGGAAGAUGAAGAUGAUGAAGAAGGUGAUGAGGAUGAUGAUGAAUGAACCAAAGUGACACUUGAGAAUUUUUGUGGUUCACAAACCAUGGGUGUGAGCAAGCGAACUUUGACAUUUGUCACACUCGUUGUAAAUAUUGUGUAACUUAACAAAUUUUGUGUUCUGCAUUCAGUUUCAACUUUUUUAUCUCAAUGAUUAUUAUUAAUUGGAUGUGCGGUACAAUGUUGAAUGCUAAUAGUGGUGUUAGGACACACUUCUCAGCCACUGCCUCUUGUGUAUAUACUUGUGAAUAUUGUUGUGCGUUGUGUGUGUGCAUGUAAGUUAUCCAUGCUCUCUUUUACGGCAUCAGCGACCACAGGAUAACACGCUGCAGGGGUUCGCCAUCUGCGACGGUUAUGAACUGUCCUCCAGCAGGUGGAAUUGCAGCUUAAUAUAAGGAAGAAAAUAUUUCAUAAAAAAAAAAAAGGAAAGUUGUGCAUACAGUGUAACAUGAUAUAUGUGCUGGGAGAUGGGGUGUUUCUUAAGAAUUAGAGUUGCAUCGUUAAUGUUGGAAGUUGCGAAUAGUCUGUUGUGUUUAGGUCUUUGCUGACUCUUAAUGGAUGCAUUAGAUAUUGGCAGUGUGUAUUUGCAUGUGGCCAUUACCAGGGAAUUUUUUUAUUAAAAUAUUUUUAUACAUUUAGGCUCUUUUCAUUUAUUUUCGAAUGGAUUUUUAAUAUUAAACUUUAAAGUUUAUAAAGAUAAAUUUGCCAGGAAAUUUUGGACAAAGUAAGCUAUUGCACAUUUACUGUUAUGCACCUUGAAAUAAAAUUUAACUUUUUUGAUUCAUUAAUACGGGUUAUGACUGUGUUGUUGGCUGUACCUAGUGGUUUGUCACGUGCAAACAAUUGUAGAUGAUGUGUGAAGUGUGUCCUAGCAUGCAGCUGAGUAAAUGUGAGGUGGGCUUCACUUAGUUGUCUGUUGCUGAGCUGAGCGACAGUAUGUGAACUGGUCUGGCCUCUCUUGCUGGUUGUUGGUUGUCAUUUUAGAGACUUUUUCUAUAAAGUAUUUGAUACUUAAUAUGAUUGUGCCGGUGCUGCCAGGGACCGAUAUGUUCUUUCAUUUCUCUUGUGCCUUUUUUCCCGUACAGUUCCAAGGAAUUAGAUACCUACUUGUUUUGUGGCAGACACCUGUGGUUGCUGGCACAGUGAUGUUGCAUACUUCAGACAGUUUUAGCUCCUCAUCUUAAGAGUGAUGGUAAGAAUGUGAGGUACACUUGUAUCUAAAGAGAUAAUUAUUUUUAUUUAAGACUUGCAGGAGAGAGGUGUGGUUUGCAUUGAAUGUGAGUAAAGCUGGUUUGGGCUGAACUUAGUAUUUGUUGGGUAAAAUGGAGCACAACAGUGACCUGCUACUGUGGCAAGAUAAGGUUUGAGCAUUUUUGUACUGUUCGUGAACAUUCCUGUGAUUCAGUGGUAAUACCAACUGAGGAAUGAUUUUUAGAAAUUGGAAAAGAAGUUGGUAAGUAGCAGGCAUUUAAAUGACCUGCUGGAAUGUCUUGAGUCUGUGAGAAGUGUUCUAGCGAGUUUCAACUAUAGAAGCCAGUGUUUUGUAUGUAAUAGGGAUGAAUAAAAAAAAUUUUAGAACAAA